GUAGCAGUCAUUGAGACUUCCCUGCUCCCCCCCUCUUCCUAAAAUCUAAUUUCCCCCAUUUCGUUCCAUUCAUUUGCUCGUUCGUUCAUCCCCUGCAGCUGCACUGCUGCGAGGAACCCUCGUCGGCCAUCCCAAUAUUGAAGGACCAAAAGCCCGUAGUGCCUUUAAUACAAGUCACGCAGCUCAACCCCACAUGGACGCGUACCAGCAGCCUCAGCGAUACAUGAGGCCCCCGCCACCGCCACCGUCGACGUCGGAUCCCCACCACCAACAAUUCCAACAUCACCAGCAACCACCUCCGCCGUGGUUCUCCAACCAGUUUCAGUACCAUCAUUCCCAGUCCCCGUCACCGCCUCCUUUGCAGUGGGCUCCUCCGCCUCCUCCUCCUCACUCGGACCAUCUUCCUCCACCUGGUUCUGCUUAUCCUACGCCCCCUCACCCUUACCCUGCGCACCCGCCACCCCUCCACCACCACAACCAGUUCCCUCCUCCUCCCCCCUCUCGCACCCACGUGCCUCCCCACCUCCCUCCUCCGCCUCCUCCUCCUCCUCCUCCUCAUUCCCAGUUUCCCCAGUCUUAUCCUCAGGCCAGCCAAGACUGGGGCAGUACAAAUUGGCCUCACCAUCAAGGUUGGAGUUAUCCUGCCCAUAAUAAUGAAGAAGAUUGGGCUGCCAGGGCUCGAGCAUGGGCAGAUGCUAAAACAGCAAUGGAGAAUCAGCAUUCACAAUCUCAGUUUACACCAGUUGCCAGGGUGGAAGAUCAAAGUCAUUAUUAUGAUCAGUAUCCACAAGCCGUUGAUGCUCAUUACCCAGAUAUUCAAGAUCAGUCUCUUUCUGCUCCAAGCUAUCAACAGUUUCCUGUGUCAGGUGCACCUCUUCACCAGCCAUCAAUAGUUUAUUCCCAGGAGAUUGCAUCCAUUGGCUCUGAGCUAUCUUCUUAUGUUCCAGAUGCGCGUCUACCUUACAAUAUUAGAGAUGGGACAUCGGCUGGAGAUUCAAGUGCUGUAUUUCAUCAUCAAGGAAACGUACUCACAAGUUCAUCUGUUCAUCAGCAGGAGGUACCUUCUAGUUAUUCUUCUAUUACAGGUAAAGAAGAUAAAACAGAUCAAAAUGAGCAGUCGUACAAACUGUUGCCUCUGCCAAAUUCCUCAGCUCAGGAGGGACAACACCAUUUACCAAUGCAUGUACCCUUCACAUAUGGCAAUCAAUCAGCUGAUGCCACAACCAAUCUUGCUGAUCAGCCUUUAGAUUUUGCACCUAGAUUUAACCGUGAUCGUGAUCAACAUAUGCAAUCCACUUAUUCUCAUCAUGAUUCAAUUGGACCUGUAAGAAGCAUCGACCCUGUUGCAGCAGGGCACUCAAUAAAUAGCUGGACUCCCCCUAUUACACCUGGUUUGGUUUAUCCUUCAAUUUCUCCAGAUAUUACAUCAGGGGCACAGCAGCAUGAUCCUUCCCUGGCCAUACAGUCUCCUGUUCCUGGACAUGUUGCCCCACCAUUUGGAAGGUUCCAUGGACCAGGUCAGCCAGCAAUUCCAUCUGGUGGUGUACCCUUUGCUCUCAGUACAGGACCUACACUUCAUCCUACCACAGCUUUCUCUGGUGAUGCAUAUGGAAUUUCUACAGUUUCUGAACGCCCUAAAAAGCCUUCAGUGCCUAAUUGGCUUAAAGAGGAAAUAAAGAAAGCAGUCAUUACAAGUUCUUCUGUGGACCAUCCUAAGGAGGUAACACAAUCCGUUGAGGAUGAAGGUAUUGAUAAAUCUAUUGGGAAGGGUGACCAGGCAGAUAGCAAAAGCAUUGAUUCUUCUAGGUCAACCGAAGAAGAAGAAGAUGAGGAUGAUGUGGAAGCAGAAAGAACUGCAGCUAUUAACCAGGAAAUAAAACGUGUGCUAACUGAAGUUCUUUUAAAGGUUACUGAUGAGCUGUUUGAUGAAAUUGCCACUAAAGUUAUUGGUGAAGAUGAUCUAACAGUCGGUGUUGAGCAGAACACUAUCACUUCCAAUCACAAGGAAUCGCCAUCGUCUCUGCCGGCAGUUCCAGUUCCUAAGGCAUCUGCGAAAGUUCUAAUUCCCGCAUCUGCAAAAGAUUCUAACACUAAAAGUGUCAGUGAAAGAUCUAGUUCCAGCUCCCCAGGAGAUAUUUUAGGUCUUGGAAAUUAUGCUUCUGAUGAUGAAGAUGGAGAUGAUGAAAUCCGAAGCUCAAGUUUAACAAAUUCCAAUCAGCAGUCAGGCAUUACAAUGCUUACCGAAGAUACGCAUGAUGCUGCUGAGAAUGGAAUCUCCAAACUAGAACUUCAAGAGCACAGCAGAAGUAAGAAAAAUAUGGAGAGUGGCAUGGGCAAAACCAGCUCCAUUGAACCCAAAAACAACAAUGGUGCUGCUAUUAGUGAGUUGAAUGAUAAUAGGGUGGAUGGGGGUCUAGGCCAUGCUUAUUCUUCCAAGGUGGUCUCUGAAGAUGGUGAUGAAGGAAUUGCUGUUGGUGGGAAAAUGCUAGAUAGAACCAAUGGCUCAAAGAACACUGUGGGAGUAAUGGAAUCUGGACAACCUGGAGAGUAUGUUAGUUUUAAGAAAACAUCAACUAAUGAUCCCCAACACAGUGAAACAGGAAUGAAGUUAGAUAAAAGUGAUCAACAGGAAAGUAAAAGGAGUUCUGGGAAAGACUUUGUCAAGGAGGGGGAGGGUAGUAAGAUUAAGGCGGAUGCGAAGGGAGAGGAGAAACGUAGGAGACCAGAUGAAAGACAUCCAAGAAAGGAUAAAGAAGAUGAUUGGAAUGGGCCAAAGGAGCGAAUUAAAGAGCCCGGGGAAAAAGCAAAGCAAUCUGAGGCAAGAAAAAAGUCUGACCAUCUUGAUGUCAAGGAAGACAGGAAAGAAGCAGAGAGAUUCCAUCGGGGUAGUGCUAAAGAAGAUACCAGUAGAAAAAGAGAACUCAGAAAGAAUGAGGAGGAAGAUGGGUCACGAAAAAAGAAUGCAAGUGAGUCAAGCAGGCACAAAAGAAGACGUUCUUCUUCCAUUAGCAGUAAAGGUAGAAACAGCAAGGACAUCGCUGUUAGUCAUGCCAAUAAUUCAAGUGAUGAAGCCUCCGAUGAUUCUAAAAGGAAGAUGCAAUCAAGGAAACGGAACACACCACCAUCACCUGUCAGGUCUAGGGGAAGACAAGUUUCGCGGUCCCCGCAUAGCAAGCAUUCUCAGCGCAGGCAUUCUCCCUACUCUUCUCUUGAUCCCACCAGGUAUAUCUCUUAGCUUAAGAUAUUAUUAAUAUUACAUCGUGUUGGUGCAUUUCAAGUUGGAUUAUGGUCAAUUUGGCUAUCUGGGUUUGUGUUAAUUGGUAUCUCUCUCUAUUCUACUCAGAGGUUACCUACCCUCAAGGAUCAUCGGAUCAGAGUGACCAAACUUGAUCAAGAAGCUGUCGGCGAUCCAGACAAUCCGAAGGUUACCAUAUUCUCAGCACCUAGUCCAUUCAAUGGCUCUGUUGGGGCUAGGCAGAGUCUAGCUGUUCGGUCAUGGCUUGCUCUGUCCUCACAAAUUACUGUUGUUCUCUUCAGCCAAGACCCUUCCGUUGUUUCUUUCGCUGUUCCCUUUGGCUCGAGGGUUUUGGUUGAGCCCAACAUUGAUUUCACGUUCCUAGGUACCCCAUUCUUCCAUUCAAUGAUAGCAAGAUCGCGGUCAUUCACAUCGGAUAUUUUCGUUGUUGUUGAUCCUGAAACCAUUCUUCUGCCUGACUUCAUUUCCACCCUAAACUACGUUUAUGAACUCGACCGUGAUUGGCUCCUUGUUGCUUCAUCACGUAAUUUCUCCUACUUCCCAUUAUACUUGGAUGAAGCUGGGAAACAUUGGCGAAGAGGGGAUGGAAAAUGGGUGAGAACCCAGGAGUUGCAGGAGCUGCUUUCUAAAACCUGGCGAUGGAAUCGUUGUGAAGGAAGAAUGCUUAUGGCUUGGAACAGCGGAGAUUGGCCAUUACAUACAGGAGUUCUUCCUCCUUUCUUGUAUGGGAAGGGGAUCCACAACCACUGGAUCAUUAAUGAGGCCGUGUCAUCUGAACUCAGGUUUGUAUUUGAUGCCAGUUGGACCAUCUCAAGUUUCCAUCUAAAUCAUCAGGACAAUUGGCCUAAUGGAAUAGUUGGAGAUUCCAGAGUUUCAGAUAUUGAAAAGAGAAGGUGGGAGUAUGUUGGCAAUUCCCAUAUUGGGGCAUUGUAUGGAUCAUUGGUAUAUCGCGAGGCUAAUUACUCUAGCCUGAUAAAACUUUUGAAGUGUAGCGGACAAUAUGUUUUCACCAACACAACUGAAAAAACUGUCUAUCCAUACGGAUACCAGAGGGCCCGCAGUUUAUGUAAGAGAAGGAUCUUGCAUUCAUGGUGGAAAAAGAGGAUCAUGGCUUGUGUUGAUUCUAUUAAAUCACUGGACAAAAUACUAGAUUGCUCUUUGAAGGAUCAGAUGAGGCCCUCAGCACCAUUAGAUUUUUCUUUCUCCUUGGAGUCACUCCUUCCAUUAAUUGCAGACAAGAAUAAGACAAUUGUGCUUGCAGUUGCUGGAUAUAGUUAUAAGGACAUGCUAAUGAAUUGGGUGUGCAGAUUACGCCGCCUUCUGAUUACAAAUUUUAUGAUCUGUGCUCUUGACCAAGAAACCUACUCGUUCUCUGUUCUGCAGGGUCUGCCUGUUUUCAAGGACCCAGUGGCUCCGAAUAACAUCAGCUUCAAUGAAUGCCACUUUGGUACAGAAUGCUUUCAGAGGGUGACCAAAGUGAAAUCCAGAAUGGUUUUGAAUAUACUGAAGCUUGGUUACAACGUGCUCCUAAGUGAUGUGGAUGUAUAUUGGUUUAUGAAUCCAUUGCCUUUGCUUCACUCUCUUGGCCCUGCUGUUCUGGUGGCACAGUCUGAUGAAUUUAACAAGACAGGACCAAUAAACUUACCUAGGCGCUUAAACUCUGGUUUCUACUUUGCUCGUUCUGACAAUUCAACUAUUGCUGCUAUGGAGAAGGUGGUGAAGCAUGCAGCCAUGUCGGCCCUAUCCGAGCAGCCAAGCUUCUAUGACACAUUGUGUGGCGAAAGUGGAUCCAAUCGCAUGGGGGAUAAUAGAUGUGUGGAACCUGAAACGAAUCUGACUGUUCAUUUCUUAGAUAGAAACCUCUUCCCAAACGGUGCUUACCUAGAUCUGUGGCGGAAGAAAAACGUUAAAGCUGCCUGUGUGAAGAUGGGUUGCUUUGUUCUACACAACAAUUGGAUUGGUGGGAGACUGAAGAAGCUGGAAAGACAGGUAUUGUCAGGCUUAUGGGAUUAUGAUUCUAGUACAAGAAUGUGCUUGCAAAACUUGCACUAGUUUAAAUCGAAUUGCUAAUUUUGAGGCCAAGGCGAUGAUGCCUUUUCAUGCUAUGCUCAAGGCUCACGUCUUUGGUUUUCACUUCAAAGAAACGAGGACAUAUUUCCAACUAGAUACAAGAUGAAGUCAUUCCCUUUCACUUCAAGGCUCACCUUGGUUUCAUCGCUGUCUUCUAUUGAAAAAUGUUAAGCCGUCCGUCAAAGACAAAAGGAAUCUUCCAUUGACAUUGCUUGAUAACAGUGGCAUAACUCAAGCAACACAAUACACAAAUCACUCCACAUUCCCUGUCAGCGGAUUAUGACGAAAACUUUGGUCUGUGUACGACAUUUGAUUAGCAACCAUGCUGAAGAGGUGCGUUCCUUUGGUAGGGUUCGGUCGGUAUUCCAGCAAUAGAGAAAGCAGUAUGAGGAAAGAGUUGGAAGGAGCUUCAGACGACAGAUCAUCUGAAUCUAGAGGGAAGAAAGAAGUGAGAGGAGCUUCCAUAUCCUUGGACGUGAGAUUACAGGCAAAAAAUAUUUACGUCAGAAUAGUUCAUGCAGGUGGGCGUGAGGAACUCUAUCCAAAUGCAAUUCCUGCAUCUAAGCUGAUGGAAAAAUAUCCCGGGAUGUCUGUUGCGCGGCCAGAAGUCUUCAAAAGUCCACACGAUUCCCUAUUAUGUCCGGAAGACAGUCUCUUGCCUGGUCAGAAAUACUAUGUAGUCCCAUCCACAACUGUGCAGAAACUAAAGCAUAAACUCUGGAAGAAGGCCGAGGUAAAAGAACAUGUUGCAGUAAAAAAGGAGACUUGGGAUUGGAAGAUCACCAUAGAUGUAGGUGAAGUAGGCCUGGAGGAGCGUAUUUGUUAUGCAAAAGAUUUUUAUCAAUCCAAGGACAGGACCGAAAAGUGCUCAAAAGACUCGAAACCUUCAACGAGGAAUCGUGUUAGAGGGAAAAAGCCUUUUGUACCUCCACUCCCAAAGGGAAAACCAAUCCGAGGAUUGGGGUGGGAGCCCAGCCUGACUUCUGUAUCGGAGCUCUCUCCCUGACUUUGUGUUCCUUCUUUCUCGAUGUUUCUCAGUUGUCACCCAAUGUUUUUCCAGGUAAGGUGGUCUUCC